AUGGCCGGGAAGUUCCAAUCAUGUCAUGAUUUUGGAUUUGUCGGCGGUCCAGUCCUAGCUCAAAGAUGCCGAUGGUCCGAUCACUCAGAUGUGAAAAAUAGUAAUAAGAGUGGUGAAGUAAUAAGAGUGGUGAGGAUGAGGGAGGGUUGCCAGUAUGGGUAUGGGUACGGGUACUGUAAUAUGUAUGGAGUGAUACCUACGUCGGUAUGGUAUGAUGAUGGUGUAGAAAUUGUACCGAUUGGUUAUCGUACCUACCGAAUGGAGAAUCUCUCGAGCUGCACUAUGCAGUUCAAGGUUAAAGCGAAGGAAAAGGUUGGGAAGAGGCCUCGUCCGAAUAACUUCCAAGUUUAUACUUCCCAAGAUUGA